AUGGCUAGUUCAAGGAAGCUAAGUUGUGUUCUGUUGAUGAUUGUUCUUGCAUUGUUUGCUGUGAGUGCAAAAGCAAGAGUGAUUGAUGAGUACUCAACAGUGAGCAGAAAGAUUAAUGGGAAAGUUGGGGUACGUGAAUUGAUCAACAAUAUAAGAAAUGGUGAGUGGCACCAAAAGAGAUCAAUGCUUGGUGGAAGGUUGGAAAGAGUUUCACCAGCAGGGCCAGAUCCUCAACAUCACUAG